UAUGUGAUUGUAAGGCCCGAUUUCUGCAGCCCUUGUGAUAAAAAAGUGACACAUUAGGUGAUGGUGACCACUCCCCAAUGCUUUCUGUUUAUAAUAGUGUCGAUGUACGAUCGCGCUUAAAGAAAUAACAUCCUAGGAAGGGACUCGACAGUUACCAGCGUUUCUUUAGCGUCGACGGAGAGCCGUCACACCACCCGAACAGGACUCAUGUUUGGACUUUGUGGAGUCGAUACCCCCUUACUCCCAGCGAUGUUCCCCCUCCCCACCCUACACUUCACACCGCAGCAAGUUGCUAAGGUGUGUGAGACAUUGGAAGAAAGUGGAGACAUUGAAAGAUUAGGCCGAUUUUUGUGGUCGCUACCCGUCAAUCCGUCAGCAUGCGAGGCACUUAACAAACACGAGUCGGUGCUCAGGGCGCGAGCUCUCGUGGCCUUCCACACGGGCAAUUUCAGAGACUUGUACCACAUUUUAGAAAAUCAAAAAUUCACGAAAGAAUCCCAUGCCAAACUUCAGGCGAUGUGGCUCGAGGCUCACUACCAGGAAGCCGAAAAACUCCGAGGACGACCAUUAGGCCCUGUUGAUAAAUACCGAGUCAGGAAGAAAUAUCCCCUACCCAGAACAAUCUGGGACGGCGAACAGAAAACCCAUUGUUUUAAAGAACGCACACGGAAUCUUUUGAGAGAAUGGUACCUUCAAGACCCAUACCCCAACCCCACGAAGAAAAGGGAGCUUGCCCAGGCCACAGGUCUAACGCCUACCCAAGUUGGGAACUGGUUUAAAAAUCGAAGACAGAGAGACAGAGCGGCUGCCGCGAAAAAUAGAUUACAGCAACAGGGCCCGUUAUCAGCUGCAGAUAGGCUCAAACUUCAGUCAGACCCAAGCCUGUCACGUGAUGACAUACGAUCGUCGUCGUCGGCAGACGCCGGAGUGUGUCAAAUGGACUCGGAUGAUGACGAUGAUCUAUUUUGUGAUGAUUCGCGUAGUGAUACAAGUACACCAUCCACGAGUGCGGAACACCAGGACAUUGAGCCUCACGCUUCAUGAUCAGCCAACCAAAAGACAGGUUACAUCCAGUCAUGGCUAAGCACCAACGUCGAAGACAUCACUCAGGUAUCGUCUGCUUUGCACGUUUCAUCACGUGAUCAACGCCAACUUAAAAGAGUGAAAUGACGAAAUAUUAAGCAAACCCUCCAGCAGACGAUUGCCCAUGGUGGAACUUAGUCUCACUCAAAGUGCUGUCGUGACGAUUCCGGCUGCAAUAUUGACAAAUUUGUUCAGUCUUGAUCAUCAAUUUAGCUGUCGUCUGCUUACAGUUCUGUUUGUCUCUUAUUGGUCAGUCUCGGCUCGUGACGUCAUGUUUAUUUUGGGAGGAAACUUCCCUUCCGCUUGUUGUAAUGGCAGUAUCUUUAAAAAGGAUGUCUGACAAAGUUGUGUCCCCUUUGUAGCCUUGAACUUUAAGACAGUCACUCACGGAGAAGUCAAUAUAGGACCGAGCUAUAUGGAUCAUUGGAGUCCUUCAUCUGGUCACCAAGCCAACUGCUAAGACCCGGUCUAUGGAGAAGUCAGUCUAGGACCGAGCCAUGUGGAUGAUGGAAUCCCUCAUCUGGUCGCCAAGGUAACAGCUAAGAUCUGGUCUGCGCCGUUCCUCUCCAAAGACCAGAUUCCGACUGUGAUGAGACUGAUAGAAAAACAUAUAUUUAUGUGUUAUCAAAUAUAUGAGUAUCAACGAAGGAGAAAUGUCGAACGAAAUUUUGACAGUCUCAAAAUAUUGUGCUAAUCUUUGGCAAACCAAAGCAAACCAUUGAACUAAAUUAACCCCAAAUGUGUAUAUGUACAUAUUUAAGUUAAUGUCUUGAGAACCUGGUGGGAUGUUAGAUUCUCUGUCAGGCGUAAUGAGAUCAGUCCAAGCGGUUACUCUAUACCACAAUCUCAUUUUUGUUAUUAAAGUAUGUUAUAAUCACAACUUA